AGCAACUCAGUGAAUGUUCAUCCAACUGGAGAAAUGUGUAAAAUGAUGGAAUUGGACUUUAAGCAGGCAGGUGGCAUGUGGGACAAUAAGAAAAUGUGCUCUGGGCAGAAAUUCCUUGAAAACAGCUAUGGAAGCAGCGGUUUAUCUACUUCUGAAAAUGAAUCAAAAGUUUUUCCAGAGUCGAACGUAGCAGACACUGUGAUUUGCAAAGAAGAGCCUUUCUUCAGCCCUGUGGGCACUUAUUCCCAAGUUCAAGAUAAUGAUGAUGCAUACCAUAAACGUGUGGAAAAUUUUAAGGAUACAUGGCCUUCGAGUUUGUCCUCAUUCAAAAUGUACAAAUGUGAACACUGUGAUUAUGCAACUGCUGCUUAUAACAGCCUUAAGGCGCACCUAAGAGUACAUAGACAUAAACUGUUUGAAUGUAAAGAAUGCAGUAAGACGUUUAGAACUUCAAGCCAUUUGCAGAGACACAGCCGUCUUCAUGUGAAGAAUCAAUAUGAGUUUGGUCACUACUUCUGCGUAGAUAGCUGUUUAGAGGAUUUUGAAUUGCGUCGUGAAGGGCAUCUAGGUAUGUAUCCUGAAAGAAACUUUGUUUCCUCAGAAGGUUUAAAUGAUGUCGAUUCCUUGCUUUCUCUGAAAGCGAGUGGUCAACACACAGAAGUCCAGAGGAUCAAACAGUGUGAUUUGGCAGCACAGAGUCAGCCUCAGUUCUAUCAGUGCUCAGAAUGUGAAUACACUACUUAUAUUUUAAGCAAUCUUAAGCUGCAUGUGAGAACUCAUACAGGUGAGAAACCUUACAGCUGCAAUGUUUGUCAAAAGAACUUUCGUACUUCCAGUCACCUGAAACGACACAAGGUCUUACAUUUUAAUGUGAAACGUCUCAAAUGUAGGAACUGUGACUAUUCAACAGACAAGUGGUUAACCUUGAAACAGCAUCUGACUUUACACUCUGGUAACGAAAUCUCAUCUAGUGGGAAUGUCUAUGAACAAAAGGUACUGCCUGUCAAAACAUUCACAUGUGAAGAGUGUGGCUAUAGCACAACCCACAAUGGAAACUUUAAGCAGCACUUGAGAAUUCAUACAGGGGAGAAGCCAUUCAAGUGUAGUCAGUGCUCAGUUUCUUUCCGCACAUCUGGCCACCUGAAGCGUCAUUUGCUAACUCAUCUAAAGUUACACUGCAAAAGGUGUGCGUUUUCUACAAUAGAUAGAUACGCUAUGCAAAAGCAUGCAAAGACACACAAAGUGUGCAGGUGUAAAAAGUGCAACGUCACUUUUUCUACCAAAAAGCUGCUUGAAAAGCAUAAAUGGCAACAUUUAAAAGCUGGGAUGUAAACAUAGAAGUUGGAAGCUGGGUCUUGAUUUUGGAGGGUUUUGCAUUGUUUGAAUUUACUCAUUGCUUUGCAUUUAUAGUUGAGACUAUAAAAUCAAGAUUGUCUUGCCUCUGGUUCUUCUGAGAGCUGUUCCAGCAAAGGUUGUGCUAUAAAGAAGCUCUUGGAGUUGCAUUUUCACGUUGAAGCAAUUUUUCUGCUSUCUGAGGUCAGAGCUGUGAUUUGCCCUAUGCUUAUCAGCUGAAACACUCGUAAAUGGGUGAUCGUAUUUUCUGUCACUCUUUUUUCCUAAACUGAACUUUUGUUUAGGUGAAGUAAUGUCUAAAGGGAGAGUGAUGUGUAUUGUAGUGCGAAGUAAUAACAUUUGAACUAAAAAUUUGUAGAUGUAGUUGGAGGCUUAAUGCUAACUUCCAUCUGCUGAAACAUGUAUUCCUUCCUGCAACCUUCCUUCACAAAGAUUGAUGUAAUUGCUGGGUAACUAGGAUAUGGAAGUCUUUACUACUUAUAGAUGUAUAUAUGAAAUGUUUUUAAACACUUAAUCUUGCCUGUAAUUAUCAUUGAUAGUUCUUU